AUAUACAUUAGGAUCCACUCCUCAGUCUUGGGGUCUCUUUUAGCUGCUUUGCCCCAAAAUCUUCCCCAUUUUCAAUCGAUAACAGCAUCAGAGCACGAAAAUGCUAGCUCGUCUCGCAUCCAAACGUUUGCUCGAGAUCCGUCAAGCUUUCCGUCAAUUUCCUCAGACAAAUCGAUCGUUAUCCACCGCCCUUAACUAUCAUAUUGAUACUCCCGACAAUAACCCCAAGGUUCCAUGGGAAUUCAGUGAGGCUAACAAACCAAAGGUACAUGAGAUUCUGUCUCACUAUCCAUCUAACUACAAGCAAUCUGCAGUCAUCCCACUUCUAGAUCUUGCACAACAACAGCAUGGAGGGUGGCUUCCUGUUUCAGCAAUGGAUGCGGUCGCGAAAGUUAUAGAAGUUGCUCCUAUUCGUGUGUAUGAGGUUGCAACGUUUUAUUCCAUGUUUAAUAGAGCAAAGGUUGGCAAAUACCAUCUUUUGGUCUGUGGAACAACUCCUUGUAUGAUUCGUGGUUCACGGGAAAUUGAAGAUGCAUUAUUGAAGCACUUGGGAGUAAAACGAAAUGAGGUGACAAAGGAUGGAUUGUUUUCUGUUGGAGAAAUGGAAUGCAUGGGUUGCUGUGUAAAUGCUCCUAUGAUAACCGUGGCCGACUAUUCAAAUGGAUCCGAAGGAUAUACAUAUAACUACUAUGAAGAUGUUACCCCAAAGAGAGUUGUGGAAAUAGUCGAGGCACUAAAACGAGGAGAAAAGCCACCGCGUGGGACCCAAAACCCCGAGCGUGUCAAUUGUGGGCCCGCAGGAGGGAAUACUACGUUGCUGGGUGAGCCGAAGCCUCCCCCAUGCCGUGACCUAGAUGCCUGCUGAAGUGGAAUUCUUUCUUUUUUACAUGAAAUGGAAAACCGAAUUCUUUCGGGUAAAUGUUCUUCCUAAUAAUGCCAUGGCUUUGAGUGUUCGCCGGACAUCCGUGAGUUCGAGUUGUUCUCGACAUUUGUAAUGCACAAGAUAGUAGCAAAUUUUUUACUGCUAGUUAUGUACUCGCGUGAUGCAGCGUAAUGCAUCUCAAUUCUGAAACGGAAAAUACGACCCCUUGAUAUUGUGUUUUUUUUGCUUCAUUCCGUUCUCCGCUA